AUGCUCAACCAUCUUCCCGCGACACGAGCGCCCCGGAACAACGGGACCGUGGCGGACGCGCUGACGCAACUGAUUCGCUCGAAGAACCCUGCAGGAACACGAAGCGUCGGGCAGAUUCAUUGCGACACUGCGACGAGCGCGGGCACCAGCUCCGCCAACCAGCUGAGCCGCAGGACCCGCAUGGCCGACUUGAAAGGGGAGCGCGCGCGGAUCGACUUAGUGGCCGCGCGUGGUUCCGCCUCUGCCGCGCAGCAGGUGGUGAGCGGCUCAGCCGGUGCUGCGCGAAGGCGCGAUUCGCCUCGUCGCGCGGACGGCGGCCUUCCAACGGCCGACCCCCCCGCAGCUGCGGCGCUGGAUGCCAUGUCGCUCGCCCGCGAGCCCCUGGGCCCCCCGUGCCACCUUGCCGCCCGCUGCCCUCCCCUCCCCCUCGGCCUCGUGUUUCCCUUGCCGCCUUCCGCCGCCUCCCUUCAGCCUGCUAGCUGCGGCUGGGAACGCGCGGGCGUAGCGCAGCCGGGGUUGGUCGAGGCGCUUAAGAAAAUCCAGCAGCGACGGUGGGGAAGCGAGGGAACGGCGGAAGUGGCGCCAGUCGCGCCAACGGUGCGCGCGGAGUCAUCGGAGCCAUUGGAUCCGCCCCCCUGCUCUGACCUCGACUGCGAAUACCCGCGCCACGCCACCUGCUCCGCCACCUCCACCUCCGCCGCUCCACAGCAGGCCGUCGCCCCCCCCUUUCCCCCGCCGCACCCCCUGCCACUUACAGCGUUCCCCCACUGCUUGGAGCAGGUGGCGCGCGCAUAUCGCAGUGCGCAACCCAUGUGGGCGGGGAUGGGCGCAGCAGGGAGGGGUGGCGCAGAUGAGCAGGCGGGCACAAUCGCGAGGGUGCUGCAGCAGAUGUCGGAGAGGAGGGCUGCGCAGGUGGGGAAGGCAGAGGAAUGCAGCAAGGAGGGGCGGGCAAGGCGAGGGCAGGCGUGUGGGGCGGUGACAGCAGGGCAGGACGGAGAGGGGGGCGAUGAGAGCAACAACGACAGUGACGUGCUGGAUGAGCCGAUGAGCACGCCCCACGACCCAGCUGCCGCUGCUGCUAUGGGCGCGCGUGUGGAGAGCAGGGUAGCGGGCGGAGAGGACGCGCCAGAGGCUCUAGUGGACGCGUGGCUGGCGUGCCCUCCGGAGCCCCCUGGCACCGGCAUGCCGGCUGCUGCAGCGAGGCCGAGGGCGAGCCAUGGUGGGGAGCGAGGGAUGCCUUUGGUGCACGGAUGGGGGGCGGGGAGGGGAGGAGUGCAGAAUGUGAGGUGGGCACAGGGUCCUUAA